CUUCCUCUGACCACAUAACUCACAUACUAAACUACUUGUUGUACCCACUACAAGCCUUUACUACAAUGCCAGUCACAACGCGCCGAAUGGCAGGCAGUGCCAAUCCCACUGCCCCAAAGACCACCGGAGAAGAGCAACGCGCAUCGGUUGAGCGCGAAAGCACUGUUCAGCCAACCGAAGGGUCCGACGGACGCAAAUACAGUCCCGAAUGGACAUCCUUCCGUGCCGACUCUGACAUUGGAGAGGGAGGAGAUGAGGAGGAUGAUGAGGAUGAUGAGGAUGUAGCCACUCGCCCGCCCUGUCGACCUUGUGUAGGAGCUUCUUCGGGGAAGACUUCGUCCCAUUGUUGGGUAAUGGCCUUCAGCAGUGCCGUAAAAUGAAUACGAUGCUCAAGCAGCAGUUCC